GAGUGCAACACUGCUCUGUGGUCGUCUCUGUAACUGAGGGUGAAGACUCGAUGCUGGUAGCUGCAACAGCGAUCAUCAAGGACCAUGGCAUACAGUGUGAACAUUAGUCAAACAGAUUCUGAUUCUGAGUCUGACUUUGAGGACAUGGGAGGAAGCAAACCCGGUCAAGGCACUUUCCGGUUUAUAAGAGAGCCUGCUGCCAGCACCCAGAGGUGUCCUGAGUCCUUAGAGAUGGAUGAUUUUAGGGAAUGCAAAGGUGCAAAUAGAGAAGAUCUUCCAUUCACUGCAAGCGGCCACAUGAGAGACGAGACACUUGACACAGGGCAGAGGAAGUCUCUGUUGAGGCAUCACCGUUCAGCUGCUACUUUAAAGGUGCUCUCCUCGAUGCCCAGUCGCACUGCUGGGAUAAAUGCAGUUAUUCCCAAGUAUGCGAGAGACUCAUCUCAGCAACCUCAGACUUCCUCCCAUGAUUCUUCUCACCACUCCAAACCAAUCCAGGCUGACUUUGUUCAGGAACAAAUGGAGGAAAUAAGUGCUGAAGAAAAGCAGUUGGUGUCCAACCUCAGAUGCCUCUCAGUGAGCGAGGCCAUGCGAAAGCUGCGAGCCACGCCGCUCAGCUUGGCAGAUAAGAUGAGAGUCAGGCGACUUGCUUUCAGGGACAUAGAUGAGAGUUCAUUCAUCAGCAGGAAUAGUGCAUGCUACAGGCGUCUAGGCGUGUACAUUUCAAGGACUUGGAGUCACUGCCUGUUCAGCUGCCUCUCCGUCCUCACCUACCUCCAGCUGUGGCAUUCACCGAUGAAGAUACUUAGCGGACGUUUUGGAACCGGGGUGCUAUCCUACUUCCUGUUUCUCCGGACCCUCCUGCUCUUUAACCUCUUCCUCUUCACUAUCAAUGGCCUGUUCCUGGUCUUUCCACAAGCAGUCAACCCUCCUCCUCAUGACCCUCAUUCCAACAAUUUCACUGGCCUUGAGUUGCUCACAGGCACGGGUUACCUCUCUCAGAGUGUGAUGUUUUACGGCUUCUACACCAACACUACCCUCACAACGUGCCGGGCUGCUAACUCCAAUGCAACUAACACAGCUAAUCUGCCAAUCUGUGACCCCCACCAGCCCCACAUGGUGCCAUACAGCAUACCUGCAGCAUAUUUACUUACCAUCGCCAUCGCCUUCUUCAUUAUCUGCAUCAUCCUUGUGUACAGCAUGUCCAAGUCCUUCGGGAGAAGUUUUCAAGUCCUCAAGUCCAACAGCAAUCUGGCAGGAAACAUUUUCUGUAUCUGGGACUUUAAAGUCAGCAAGAACACAUCUGUCAGACUGCAAUCUGAGAAAAUCAGCACUCAGCUCAAAAAAAUCUGUUAA